CUUAGUUUUGGUUGGUCCCGCCAUGUGACAGGCCGACAUGCAUCUGCCGAAAUAAGUGGCUCCCCCCGGCCCGCAAAGCUCAAUGCCAUGCCGUCAGGGGCGGGGUUGGUCUCAUCGGCAGAAGCCCCCUGGGUAACAUGUCCCCGUGAUGCUUGGCGGAGAAAGAAAACAAAUGAGUUCCCGGUGAAGAAUUGAUUCUUUUUCCCACUCCCUCCGUCACCUGAUUCUCGCAACAACGGCCAAUACAGUACAGUACAAGCCAACCAGCCAACCAACCAACCGAUCGCAAAAGCCAUGGCUGCAGACAUUGAGAAGACGACGGCGACCACACGGGACGAGACGGCGGAUGUGGAAGUCGCCGCCGCCGCCGUGUCCGAUGGUGCGCAUCGCUACCAUGGGCCCCGCGGGCAAGACAUGAUUCCGCUUGAGCAAGAGGCUGUCCAGGACGUCGUUCGAAUUGAUCUGACCUGGAGAUCUUGGCUGGUCGUGUUCAUUGCCUGCUUCGCCAUCAUGGCCCAGGUAUUCGUCGUCGUGGCUGCCGGAUCAGUCAUUGCCUUCAUCGUCCGGGAUCUAGGAGACGGGCCCAUCGCGGGCUGGAUCAUCCAGGGGCCCCUUCUCAUGCAGAGCGUGCUCUCGCCCAUCGUGGGCCGCCUAUCGGACGUGCUGGACCGCAAAUAUCUUGCCGCCGUACCCCCACUCAUCGCCUUCGCCGGCGCCGUCAUCUCGGCCAAGGCGACGUCGAUGAGCAUGCUGAUUGGCGGCGGCAUCCUCAUCGGCACCACGCUGGCCACCAUCUCCAUCGCCCAGGCCAUCCCCGCCGAGAUCCUCCCGCUCAAGUACCGCGCCCUCGCGAACGGAUUCGCCUUCAUGGGCGGCGCCAUUGGCGGAUUGAUCGGCACCCUGGGCGCAGGAGCAGUCACGAAUGUGGGCACCGACGGCUGGCGGUGGAUCUUCUGGAUCCAGGCCAUCUUCCACGGCAUCACCUCUGUGGGGCUGUUCUGCUUCUACUGGCCGCCCAAGAACAUCGAAUACCCCAACAUGACCCUCAAGGAGUACAUCUGGGCGUGCGACCCCAUCGGCUCCGCAUUGUUCAUGAGCAGCGCGACGCUCAUGCUCCUCGCCCUUGACUGGGCGGGCGGCGCAUACACCUGGUCUGAUCCUCACGUUGCGGCGCCCCUUGCCAUCGGUCUUGUCUUGCUCGUCGCCUUCAGCCUCUACGAAUGGAAAGGACGAUCAGACGGCCUGGUGGCGCACGUCUUCUUCCACAAGAAUGCAAACUUUGCCCUGUCCGUGUUCGCCUUCGCAGUCGAGGGCUGGAUCUUCUACAGCGCCGUCAACUCCAUUGUGCCGCAGAUUGUCCUCCACCUCGGCUUCGAGCAGGACUCGUGGCGCAUCUCGGUCCGCCAGCUGAGCUUCACCCUCGUCAACUUGACCGCCUCCAUCCCGGUGACGUGGUACGCGACCCGGUACAAGGACCUGAAGUCGCCCUUGCUCGUCACUUUUGUUAUAUUCCUCGUCGUCUGCAUCUGCUACGCCACCAUCAAACCCGCCUGGGGCUCCGCCCAGAUCGGCUUCAACGUCCUGGCGGGCAUCGGCCAGUCCGGGCCCCUGACCCUCCUCGUCGCCUGCGUGCAGUUCACGGCCCCGCACGCCUUCCUCUCGACGGCGACGGGGCUCGCCUUCUCGGCCCGCGCCAUCGGCGGCGCCUUCGGCUCCGCCGUGCUCGACGCCAUCAUCAACGGCCGCAUGGGCUCGCGCUACGCGCCCGCCGUCGCCAAGGCCGCCACCGCGGCGGGUCUGCCCGAGUCGAGCGUCGAAGCCCUGCUCGCGGCCCUGGCCGGCGGCGGCGGCGAUGCAGACGUCCCCGGCGCGUCGGCCGCGGUGUGGACGGCUGCUGUCCGCGAGAGUAGGUUGCAGUAUGCGGCGGCGUACCGGCUCGCGUGGGCUAGCGUGAUUCCGUUUGUGGUGCUGGCCAUCGUGGCGCUUGUGUUCCUCAGGGGCGUCAAGGAGCUGAUGACGGAUAAGGUGGAGGCUACGGUUGAGCGCGUGGGAUUGGCGGAGGAGACGGAGGGGAAGGAGGUUGGGCAGUGAUUUGGGGUCUAUCAAGCUAUCACGGGGUUUCUGAGCUAGUGUUGCUAUGAGCCCUUGAGAGGGCUACAUUAAUGGGCGGGGGGAGGGCGGGAUAUGUCCCGUUUGCCUUCUAAUUAUAUGCUACCUAAUUAUACUAUAC